ACCACAGAACUCAACAGACGUUCAAGGCACUCACAGCAAAGCAACCACAAGCAACACAAUCACCCAACACCUAAAGGAUACCACACUCAAUUUUGGAUUUCAAAAGAUUAUACCAGUUCAAACCCCACAAUGGAUCUUAAGCAACUGUAUACAUGGGCCUGUCUCCUGCUCAGCAUCAUCGCCUGCAAACUGUCACAGUGCAGCGCCAAGCCCACAUACUAUGACCUGGAUAGCUACGAGAACUAUGACACCGAUCGCUAUGACACGGGCAACUCCUACGCCCUCUCCUAUGGCAAGCCCCUGACAGAGAACCGCCUGAAGAAGCUCAAUCCUGGCUACUACUAUGUGGAUGACGGUUACAUUGCGCCCGUCUCCACCGGGACAAGACCCUACACCCGUCGCCAAGAUGCCAACCAACAGGUUGGUGAUCUGUCCUCCAAUGUGAGAUUCACUCCGCUCGUUCGCGUCAGAGAGACCCGCACCAAGCGCAAGAAGCUGUUCGUCCCCAACUUCUUUGGCUAAACGACGGUCCUGCUCCAAACCGGAUGUGAGAGUACAGACUGAAGAUGAUGAUCGUUAUGCAUUAGACUAGGGAAUAAUUAUUGUAUAGUCGAGUGCCUUCCUCACCAAAAAGUACCUAAUAAUGUUAAAUAUUAUACAUUUACCUAUCUAAAUAUAUACCCAAACCAAAUUAUAUUUAUAUCUAAAAUUCCCAAGUC